AUGGGAAGUAAUGGUGGUGAGCGCCUAAAUAUUUUGGGAAAUGACGCAGCUGAAUGUUCUGAAACCACUGUUGAGAUCAAGAUCAAGACGCUAGAUUCUCAAACUUUCACACUGCGAGUGGAUAAAUGCGUGCCUGUUCCUGAGCUAAAGCAACAGAUUGCUUCUCUAACCGGUGUCCUGUCCGAGCAACAACGCCUUAUAUGCCGUGGCAAAGUUUUGAAGGAUGAUCAACUCCUCUCAGCUUAUCAUGUGGAAGAUGGUCACACCCUGCACCUGGUCGUGAGACAACCAAUUGAUUCAUCUCCAGGCAGCUCUGAUCAUCCAGCACCUGAUCCAACGUCAAGCACUGGACACAUUUUAGGCAAUCGAGUAGGUCCAAGUGUGAUGGUUGGAUCCUUCAAUAUAUCAGAACAGGGAGACGGAACUUUUCCUGAUCUAAAUCGGAUUGUUUCUGCCGUGCUUAAUUCUUUUGGAGUCUCAAGAUCUGGAAGUGGUGGUGAGGGGAUUGAUCUUAAUCAACCUCCUUUGGAACAGCUCUCAUCUGCAUCUGGACUUAUUGGUACAAGAAAUUAUAGCAGAUUACAUUCUGAUCAAGACCAAGCAGCUUCUGUAGCCAUUCCUGUUGCAUCUGUGCAGCCACCGAUUAUACCCGAUUCCUUGACUACUUUGUUGCAGUACUUGACUCAUUUGAGGCAGGAAUUUCUUUCCAAUGCUGAAGGGCUAAGUGGAACUACUCAAAAUACUGGUUUUUUUCGGAGUGAUGCACCAGAUCUGGAAGGUGCCGUGCGUUCUAGUGGGGGCAGAGGGCCUGUCAGUCCAGAGUCCUUGGCGGAGGUGAUUUUUUCUGUGAGAAGACUUCUUGUUGAACAAGCUGCUGGGUGCUUAUCGCAACUUGCAGGACAACUGGAGUCUGAAUCAAGUGUGACGGAUCCACUGGAGCGCACUAGAAUUCAAUCAAAUGCUAUGAGGUCUGGAGCUCUUUUUCAGAACUUUGGGGCUUUGUUUCUUGAGCUUGGUCGGGCAAUAAUGACUCUGAGAAUGGGCCCAGCACCAGGUGAUGCGUUUGUGAAUGCUGGACCCUCUAUCUUUGUCUCCUCAGCAGGACCCAACCCUAUAAUGGUUCAGGGGCCACUGUAUUUCCAACCAGGAGCGCUUGGUUCGAUUCCCGUUGGAAAUUUUCAACAUGGCUUGGCUGUAGCUGGGGAUUCUUCUGGUACUGGCUUUGUUCCUAGAAAUAUUGACAUCAGAAUACGUGCAGGAUCUGUACUUACUCGAAGAGAGCCUAGUAGCUCACAAUCUGUUGGUCAAGGCUCUGCAGUAUCACCCGGUAGUGGAAAUUCUGGUCCACGUGCUUCUGCUGAUCCAAAUUUACGCAGGGACCCGCAAGUGAGAGCGGUUCCUCUUAGAACAGUAGUUGCUGCAGUUCCGUCAUCUGUUUCACAUUCAGAUUCUUCUCGUGGCCCAAUAGGGAUCUUAUAUCCUGUUUUGGCAAGAGUUCAAAAUGUAUCUUCUGGAAAUUCUAACGGAACAGGAGCUUCUCAAGUCCCAGUUCAGCAUCAAGAAUCAAACGAUAUUACUGAACAACCUGGUGCAACACAACAACAAAACUUUACAAUCACCAGAAGAGGUUUAUCAUCUGAAGCACUUAAUGAUCAAGGAUUCAUUGCACAUAUCAGAGGUGGACUGGAACAGCUGGUCAGUACAUUAUUUCCAGGAGAGCAUGUUUUCAGUAAUUCUGCUGUUCCAGGUUCAAGCUCGGGUUCCAUUCCAAGGCAGCCCCAGAAUAUUGGUACUGCUCAGGAAUCAGCACCACCUGCUGCGAGUGAUGAAGGGGUUGUUUUGUCUAAUAUCCUACGUCAGAUAAUGCCGAUAGUCUCUCAGUACAACGCUGGAGCUGAUGUCAGUGAGGGGGAAAACCAGGCUGAUGAUAACCAAGGUGAUGGUGGUUCGUCCCACCGUCGCUGCCAGGGUGAUCAGGCAGAACCAAGUUCAAAACGUCAAAGGAGGGAGUAG